UCAUGUUUUCUCUUGACACUAGGUGGCAACUCCGUUCUGUAUUUUUCGGCUGAUGAAAAAUUUUACCAAAUAAAAUCAAUUAAAUUCAGCGUAAAAUCAAAUUGCCGAGCAAAUGUGCAGGUGCAUAGCAUAGAAACACGGAACUUUUACCGGACGCGAGUGCGGAAACCAGGAGAGAAGCAGGCUAACGCUUGUGUGUUAGUGCGUAGUCCGUAAAUUGUAAAGCACACACACCUAGGGGCACACAGAGCGAGACGGAAAUAGCAGAGCCCCACUAUUUACUUUGAUCACCACGUACUAACUAGUGGAUAAGCCAGGUGGAUCCAUGGACGGCAACAAGGACGAGGCCCAGCGCUGCAUUGACUUUGCGGUGCAGGCGCUGGCCGAGGGCAAGAUCGAGAAGGCCGAAAAGUUCCUGAUCAAGGCGGAGAAGCUCUAUCCUACGGAGAAUGCUAAAAAACUAUUAGCCCAAGUGAAGAGCAACCCCACCAGCAAUGGCAGCAAUGGUAAAUCUCGACCAGGAGCCAAUGGUGGCACCGAUGAAAAGGACACCGGUCCCAGGAAGCGUGUGAAUUCAGAUUCACGAUCCAGUGCACCAGAUUACACCAACGAUCAACUGGAGGCGGUGCGAAAGAUUAAAAAAUGCAAGGACUACUAUGAGGUAUUGGGUGUCACCAAGACAGCCACGGAUUCGGAGAUCAAGAAGGCAUACAAGAAGCUGGCACUGCAAUUGCAUCCGGACAAGAACAAGGCCCCGGGAUCGGUGGAGGCCUUCAAGGCACUGGGCAAUGCUGCUGGCGUGCUUACCGAUGCUGAAAAGCGAAAGAAUUACGAUCUUUAUGGCAUCAACGAGUCGCACAGCGGUCACGGCAAUGGAGGAAACCACCACGGGCAUGGCCAGUACUACAACAACGAGUACGGCUACUCGCGUGGCUUCCAGGCCGAUAUCAGUGCCGAGGAGCUGUUCAAUAUGUUCUUUAAUGGUGGUUUUCCACAACAGAACGUGUAUAUGAGGCAGCAGCGUCGUCGUCAUCAGGCACGCGAGGAUCGAGAGGGCAACAAUUCAUCAGCUUUGAUCAACUUGCUGCCCAUCCUGCUGCUUAUUGGCCUGUCUAUGAUGUCGUCCUUCUUCAUCUCCGAUCCCAUGUACAGCCUGACGCCCUCACAUAAAUAUUCCGUCAAGCGUGAGACCAAUGGCCUGAAGAUUCCCUAUUACGUCAAGGACAACUUUUAUUCAGAGUAUCAAGGCUCGGUGGCACGUCUAGAAGAAUCCGUAGAGGAGGACUUUGUGAAUCAUUUGAAGCAUUCUUGCAGUCGAGAGCGGAAUUAUCGCGACUCAAUGCUGGCUAAAGCAAGGACCUUUGGCGAUCGGGACUUGUAUCGAAAGGCGCAGAAUAUCAACACGCCGUCGUGCGAGAAUUUGCAAAACAUAAUGCUGAUGCUAUGACCCUUCAGGUUCUUGCUAAUAACAAAGGGCACGAUCUAUCCGAUCAACUGGCAUAUAUAGAAUUAUUUUAGAGCAAUCGGCGAAGCAACUGCAAACUGCCAAAAAAGUCAUAUAUUUACGAGUAUAAGUUGGGAGGCUGCUGAGGCGAAGAAGUACUAUUGUUUUUGUCACUUGGAAACAUGAAUUGUAACAAGGAUGAUGUACGCAUAUUUGAUCAUAUACUUAUUGAUAGUCAAAAA